GAGCAGCAUACAAGGUUGACAGUUCAAAGACCAGGUUAUACUAUCUUGAAUGCAAAGAUGACAGUCACAAAUGAUAACAAAAGCUCAAUGAUGAAAAAGCCAGAGAUUAAGGCUCAAGUCAUUGGAACAGAAUCUCGAAGAAGACUGCUUCGGCUGGCUGAUGCAGUCCUCUCACUUUGUAUUUUUACUCCAACGACUGUAUUCUUCUGGCGUGGUGGCUGGCAACUCAUGGAUCUGUAUCUCUACCCUAAUAAUCCGGUCCCUAGUGUAUUGAUUUCACUGUGUAUAGGGUACACUGGUGCCCUUGUAAUGCACUCGGGACAGUUUCUACUGCAGAAAUACAUACAGCCAGAAAACACGCUGACUUUCGUUGUCCUGUCCCGCCUCUAUUCUGUUGUGUUUGCCUUCACAAGUGUCAACCACUGGAGAGGUGUAUGGGCGUCACUAGACUAUUACACAGGGUACACCUUGCUUAGUGCUGGCCUGUCUACAUUUAUCAGCAUCGCCGUGCUGUUGGGAAUGGGAGCGACCAAGAGUGUGAUUGCAUCUCCUUUCUGCAUCUGCACUGACAAUGCAGACACGUUUUUUCUAGCCAGCACAUUUUUCAACAGUCGGCCAAAGGAUGCUGGCAAGUUCUUUUCGGAUGUUGUAUUCACCGUCCUGAUCAUUUCAUCAUUGUCGUUCUCUGUCUGGCGGGGAAUCUGGGAAAUGGAGGACUUCUUUUUCUUUCCUAAUGACAUACUGUACUCUGCACUGACAUCAGCCAUCCUGGGUGUGUGCAUGGUCAUCGUCAUACACACCAUGGAGGAGCCAGCAGCGCUCCUGUCAACGUAUCUCGAUGCUCAUACGAUGUGGAGGCUCCUCUUGGAGGAGGUGUGGUCCAUCUCGCAGAUAUUUGCUGGAAUCACGCUCUGGCGAGGUCUUUGGUUGCUUGCUAACCUCUUCUUCAUGCCUGGAGAUGAUGUGUACGAGUUGAACCUAUGGAUCUCUUAUGCCAUAGGCAUGGGCGGUUGCAUCAUCUUAUUCGUCGGCAAUACAAAUGUAAUGAGAGGCAUAGCCAGGGAAGGCAAGCUAGGUAAAGGAGAGGGUAUGAUGCUUCCAAACCAUUAUGCCACCCAGCUGUAUGAAUUUUACCAAAAUGCUGGGCGUAGGUCUGACAUUGUAUACAAGGUUGGAGACACUGAAGAAUUAUAAUCUUUUUGUGCUGCUAACUGCAUAAGUAUAUUUAACCCGUGUUUCGUUGUAAUAUUAACGUGAUAAUCUUAAUUAAGCUGCGUUUACACUAUCAAUUUUUGUCAGCAAAUCGUCCGAGUCGUGCAAAAUAGAACACGUUCUAUUUCUACAACUCGGCGACUUGACUCCGACUCCGACUCCAACACA